AUGCCUUCUACACGCCGCACGAGCUCUGCUGGCGCCAAAACAAGCCGCAGGGCCAAGUCAACAGACACGUCACAAGGACAGGGAAAAAAUUCAGAGAGGACGGGCAAGAUCUCUGAUUUAUCUAAGAAAAGCUCUAAACAAAAACAUGAGCGCCUACCACUUAACGAAGUGCCUACUCAGGUACUCGACGUCUAUGUGUUUGGAACCAACUGUUACGGUGAGCUCGGCCUGGGGGAUUUGACGAAAAAGUCGGAAAUCCUGAGGCCAGUCCUCAAUGCCAAAUUGGCAGCCAAUACCGUUGGAGUUGUACAUGUGGCUGUGGGAGGCGUCCAUUCUGCAGCUCUUACUCGCGACAACAAGAUCCUCACCUGGGGAGUAAAUGACGAAGGUACUUUGGCUAGAGACACGAAGCCCGAUGAGCCUGCAGAUGCGGAUAACGCACGAACUGCGAACGGGGAUACGGAGUCUGAUGACAGCGACGACGAUGAAGUGGCCAUCAACCCUAAAGAAGCGACGCCGAUGCCGGUGGACUCGGCGCUUUUUCCUGAGAGAACCGUUUUCACCCAAUUGGCGGCGUCAGAUAGUGCGACUUUUGCCUUGACGGCAGAUGGAUUGGUAUAUGGCUGGGGAACGUUCCGAGGAGCUAAUGGCAGUAUUGGCUUCGCCGCAACAAAGAAACAAGAGCAGCGAGUGCCUGUUCUCAUUCAGGACGUUCCUCCUGUCAUCAAAAUUGUUGCUGGGGCACAGCAUGUCCUCGCGCUGACUUCAACAGGUACCGUUUUCAGCUGGGGCUGCGACGAACAGCAUCAGCUUGGCCGUCGACGUGCAAGCAGACAUCAUGAUUCGCACCCGCUCGUGCCUGAACCAUGCGCUCUUCCUACCGGGGUUUCGGAUAUCGGGGUUGGACUUUAUCACUCUUUCGCCGUGUACCCAAAUGGGACGGUCUAUGCGUGGGGAUCAAACAACUUCGGCCAAACCGGGGUCUCGAUGAGCGCUGGUCUGAACGACGCAGACGUGGCCUAUCCCACUGAGGUCCGCUGGCUGAGGAAAAAUGUCUCCGUGGUCUCGAUCUUCGGGGGCAAGGACCAUAGCAUGGCUAUCACGGAUGAUGGCCGGUGUUUUAUAUGGGGCCGUAUCGACAAUAAAGCCCUCGGCAUUGGAUUGGAGCACGUCUCCCCAUCCGAUAUCAUUCAUGACCAGUACGAUCGGCCGCGUAUCUUGAAGCAGCCGACCUUGCUUGAGGGCAUCAAGGGCAAGAUCAUAUUUGCGACGGCGGGUACGGACCACUCGUUUGUCAUCACAGAGUCUGGCAAUGCUUAUAGCUGGGGCUUCAAUGCGCAAAGCCAAGCUGGUCAGCCUGGUAUUGAUGAAGUGGAACGCCCCACACUUCUUGAGAGCAAGUAUAUCAAAGGAAAAAAGCUGGUAGCAGCGGCUGCCGGUGGUCAGUUCAGCAUCGUCCUUGGGCUUGCAGAGGAAUGA